AUGGCAAAAUCACCUUACAAAUAUGAGGCUCGUUGUGUGAUUCGAAGUCACGUUAUGAGAAAAGAUGUGGAAUUGGGCUGGACUGGGAAAGAGGAAGACAGGAAGACUGAGAUGGUGGAUGCGAUCCGAGAGGAUCAGGAAAACAAAGGUCUCUGGACAAAGGAGGACACCCAAGAUCAGGAAGUGAAGGAGGAACAUUGUGAACUACAAACUCCUUCUCAAGGGGAAAGCAAGAUGCAAAGGUUCAGCACUGACUCACUGACUGUGAUCUACAUGGCAGUCUCUGGCAUGAAGGAUUUUCCUGAGGUGACUAAUAUUGCAAUGGUCAAUGGAAUUCAACUCAACUAUCAUGACACUAUUACCUGUCGGAUGAUCCCCAGACAGCAGUUCAUGGAAGAUUAUUUUGAUGCAAAAUACUGGGAAUAUCUCACAGGUCUCGGGAAUACCCGAUCAGACAUGGCAAAGGAGAAUCUGAAUACACUAAUGAAAAGUACAAACCAGACAUCUGAAAUUCACACCUUUCAAUGGAUAGCAACUGUUGAAAUCACUGGUGAUGGCUCUGUGAAGAGAUCGAUGAGAUUUGGAUUUGAUGGAAAGGAUUUCAUGAGUUUAGGGCCAGAUAGAUUUAGAUGCAUUGCAACCAAUCACAAUGCAGUGAAGACGAAAGAGAAAUGGAAUUCUGAUGAAUCCUGGAACAAGUAUUGGGAAAUGCAUCUGGCAAGGGUUUGUUCAGGAAAGCAGUAUUUCGAAAGGAAAGUUCAGCCUGAAGUGUUCAUCUCCAGGAGUGAGUCCAAUAGUCAGGACAAGCCGCUCACUCUCUCCUGCCUGGUCACUGGAUUUUAUCCUGUAGACAUCGAGGUGAACUGGCUAAGGAAUGGAGAGGUCAUGUCUGAGACACAAUCCUCGGGGAUUCGACCGAACCAUGAUGGGACCCAUCAGAUCCAGAAAGAGAUUGAAAUCAAUGCUGGGGAUGAGGAUCAAUAUUCCUUUCAAAUUGACCAUUGCAGCCUGUCAGAGGCCAAGCUCUAUCAGUGGGGUAAGGAACUGGAUUUUGGACAGUGCAUUCCCAGAAUGCUGUUGACUCUUUUCUCCACUGACCUGUGUUUUUCCUGGGUCUCUCCCAAGACUAAUGUGCACACUGGGAUUUACACAGCUGUUUCUGGAAUUCAAGACUUUCCUGAGGUUAUGCACAUGGCAAUGGUCAAUGGAAUUAAAAUAAGUUCUGGUGACAGUAAAACCGGCCAGUGCAUCCCUAGCCAGCAGUUCAUGGUAGAAUCCUUCAAUGCGAAAUUCUGGGAUUCUGUCACAAACCUGGUGAACAGACAUGCAAGCACAGCAAAGGAAAUUUUGAGUACAAUAAUGAAGAGGACAAACCAGACAUCUGGAAUUCACACUUUUCAACGGAUAACUACUGUUGAGGUCAGUGAUGAUGGAAGCAUUAAGAGAUCGAUGAGAUUCGGAUUUGAUGGAAAGGAUUUUAUUAGUUUAGAACCAGACAGAAUGAAAUGGAUCGCAUCCAAUCACAUUGCAGUGAUGACUAAAGAGAAAUGGGAUUCAGAUAAAUCCUGGAACAACUACUGGAAAGUACAUCUGGAAGAGGUACUUGUUCAGCAUUUAAACAGAUAUCUAGAAGCAGCAAAGGGAUUUUUCAAAAGGAAAGUUCAGCCUGAAGUGUUCAUCUCCAGGAGUGAGCCCAAUCAUCAGGACAAGCCGCUCACUCUCUCCUGCCUAGUCACUGGAUUUUAUCCUGUAGACAUCGAGGUGACCUGGCUAAGGAAUGGAGAGGUCAUGUCUGAGACACAAUCCUCGGGGAUUCGACCAAACCACGAUGGGACCCAUCAGAUCCAGAAAGAGAUUGAAAUCAAUCCUGGGGAUGAGGAUCAAUAUUCCUGUCAAAUUGAACACAGCAGCCUGUCAGAGGCCAAGUUCUAUCAGUGGGAAAUCCCACAAAACAGCGUGGAACAUUUCCAUCUUGUAAUUGUGAUUGGAAUAGUCAUUGUAAUAGCUGCAAUAUUUGGAAUAAUCCUCUGGAAAAGGCCAUGGAGAGGGUCCCAAUCACCGAUGCGGCCCGGAGGAACUGCAAACGAGUCCUUGACCGCGGGCCAGGAAGUCCCAUAA